AUGGAUGAAGAAUUAAAUAUAUUAAUAUCUAUCUAUUUAGAUGGUUUAAUCAUAAAUUAUGAUAAUCCAAUUUCUUUGAAUACAACAAUCUAUUCUAAUGGAGAUGAAAAUGAGUUAGAUCAUGAUAAACGUUUAUUAUGUAUAGCACUCAUUGCGAAACUUUCAUCAACAUAUCGAGAUUUAAAUUCACCAAAAAUAACUCUUUGUCGUCCUCGUGGUUUAAUAGAUGAAUAA